AUGAAGCCCCAGUCUGUCGUUACCGCCGGCGCUACCGGCGCCCUCAUCCUCGCCGCCUCGGCCGCCGCAGAGGUUGCCUUCAAGGCGUCCACCAUUCAGGCUCCUUACAUUGAGCAGUUCCAGGAGCAGAUCCCCCAGUCGCGCUGGACUGUCUCGCAGGCCAAGAAACAGACCCCCGUCGGCGACGAGAUCUUCUCGUACGUCGGCACCUGGGCUGUUGAGGAGCCCGAGGUCCUGCCUGCCAUUACUGGCGACACUGGUCUUGUCCUGAAGUCCAAGGCGGCCCACCACGCCAUCUCGACCAACUUUGAGCACCCCAUCGACCCCAAGGGCAAGCCCCUUGUUAUCCAGUACGAGGCCAAGUUCCAGAAGGGCCUUGAGUGCGGUGGUGCCUACAUUAAGCUGCUCACCGAGAACCCCGAGCUCCACGCUGGCGGCGAGUACACCGACAAGACCCCCUUCACCAUCAUGUUCGGUCCCGACCGCUGUGGUCAGACCAACAAGGUCCACUUCAUCUUCCGCCACAAGAACCCCGUUUCCGGCGAGUGGGUCGAGCACCACUUUGACCAGCCCCCCCUCCCCAAGCUCACCAAGACCACCGCUCUUUACACUCUUAUUGUCAACCCCGACAACACUUUCAAGAUCCUCAUCAACGAGGAGGAGGUCUCGGCUGGUUCGCUCCUCGAGGACUUCUCUCCUCCCGUCAACCCUCCCAAGGAGAUUGACGACCCCACCGACUCGAAGCCCGCCGACUGGGUGGACAUUGCCGAGAUUGACGAUGUCGCGGCUGUCAAGCCUGCCGACUGGGACGAGGAGGCCCCCAUCACCAUCGUCGACGAGGAGGCCGUCAUUCCCGAGGACUGGCUCGAGUCGGAGCCCCUCGAGGUUGCCGACCCCGACGCCGAGAAGCCCGAGGAGUGGGACGAGGAGGAGGACGGCGACUGGGUCGGCCCCACUGUCCCCAACCCCAAGUGCGCCGACGUCUCUGGCUGUGGCCCUUGGACUGCCCCCAAGAUCCGCAACCCCGAGUACAAGGGCAAGUGGACCGCCCCCAAGAUCCCCAACCCCGAGUACAAGGGUGUCUGGGCUCCUCGCAAGAUUGACAACCCCGACUGGUUCGAGGACCUCAACCCUGCCAACCUCACCCCCCUGGGCGGUAUCGGUAUCGAGCUCUGGACCAUGACCGAGGACAUUCUCUUUGACAACAUUUACAUUGGUCACGAUGUUGCCCAGGCCAAGGCCUUUGCCGACGAGACCUUUGGCGUCAAGCGCCCCAUCGAGCUCGAGCUCGAGGGCACCUUCCCGGAGGACGACGAGGAGGCCGAGUCGUUUGUCGACCAGGCCCGCCUCAAGUUCUACGAGUUUGUCGCCCUCGCCCAGCAGGACCCCAUCGCCGCCGUCAAGACCAUGCCCGAGGUCAUCGCCGCCGCCGUCGUCGUGCUGUGCACCUUUGUCGGCCUCCUCUCGGGCCUGCUUGGCCUCUUCGCCGCCGCCAAGUCCACCGGCCCCAAGCAGCCCACCGUCGUCAAGAAGACUGCCGUCAAGAAGGCCGACGCCACCAAGGCCGCCCCCGUGGCCAAGAUCGAGGAGAUCAACGAGGACGAGGCGUCGGGUCUCACCAAGCGUGCCACCCGCAGCAGCAAGGAGUAA